AUGAAGUGGGCUUUUGUUGUGUGUGCCAUGGUGGCACUGUCUGAGUGCUUCAUCCAGGUCCCUCUGGAGAAGGGCAAGAGCGCCAGGGAGUUCCUGGAGGAGAAGGGUCUAUGGGAGGAGUACAGGCACAAGUACCCAUACAACCCCAUGGCCAAGUUUGACCCACGCUUUGCCGUGGCCAACGAGCCCAUGACCAAUGAUGCUGAUCUGUCUUACUAUGGAGUCAUCUCCAUUGGAACUCCUCCUCAGUCCUUCAAGGUCAUCUUUGACUCCGGCUCUUCCAACCUGUGGGUGCCCUCUGUCUACUGCAACAGUGCUGCCUGCAACAACCAUGACAAGUUUAACCCUAGCGCAAGCAGCACCUACAGGUACAACGGUAAUCCUCUCCAUAUCCAGUAUGGUACUGGCAGCAUGACUGGCUUCCUCGCAUACGACACUGUGACGGUGGGUGGGCUCCCUGUGACCAACCAAAUCUUUGGCUUGAGUGAGACUGAAGCUCCCUUCAUGCAGUACAUGCGUGCUGAUGGCAUCCUGGGCCUGGCCUACCCACGCCUGUCUGCCUCUGGUGCUACACCUGUCUUCGACAACAUGAUGAAGGAGGGUCUGGUCAACCAGGACCUCUUCUCCGUGUACCUGAGCUCUAACUCCGAGCAAGGUAGUGUGGUGACCUUCGGUGGUGUUGACCCCAACCACUACUAUGGCUCCAUCGCCUGGAUUCCCCUCUCCAAUGAGCUGUACUGGCAGAUCACAGUGGACAGUGUUACUGUCAAUGGUCAGAUUGUAGCUUGCAAUGGCGGUUGCCAGGCUAUUGUGGACACUGGCACUUCUCUGAUCGUUGGACCUCAGAGCAGCAUCAGCAACAUCAACAGCUGGGUGGGAGCUAGCAGCCAGAACGGAGACUAUAUUGUCAACUGUAACAACAUUGGCCAGAUGCCCGAUGUGACCUUCCACAUCCAUGGACAGGAGUUCACCCUCCCAGCCUCUGCCUACGUCCGUCAGUCUCAGUACUAUGGCUGCCGUACUGGCUUCGGCAAUGGAGGUGACAACCUGUGGAUCCUGGGUGAUGUCUUCAUUAGACAGUACUAUUCUAUCUUUGACAGAGCCCAGAACAUGGUGGGUCUGGCCAGGGCUAGAUAA